GGAAUACCUGCAUCCCCUUCCGCGAGGCGUGCCGGGAAAUGUAGUUUCCCUGUGUCACCCGGCUCUACCUGCUUUGUAGGUGACUCCCAACCAGGAAGUAGAAGUUGCUGGUCGGGUGGUAGUCGGCUUGUAUUCUGGGAGGGAUUUUCAUAAAGACUCUGAUAUGGAGGAUUCUACGAAACCUCUGACCAGCUUAGCUUGGACUUCUGGCCAGUCCACGUGCCCCAAAGGUCACAUCAUAAUCGCAGCCUCGGCGGAAGGAGCCUCUGCCAACUUUCUGAAGGGGUUUAAUCAGAGGUCUGCUCUUUACCUAUGUUACAGCGCCGCUCUGGAGACCAUAGAACAAGUCAUCACUGAGGUGGUGCUGCUGAGCGAGAAGAGCGCCUUACCAGUAGGGUUCGCUUUUAUUGGGGAGUAUGUAGAUCCCAAGGUAAACGUGCCGAAGAAGAAACGUCUGUGUGUUAAACUGAGCCCUGCAAACACUGCCGACUCUGCUGUCUGUGACAUUAAGCUAACGGUGAAAAGCAGGCAGCUUGCUGCGCCGUACACUCGCGUUGGUGAUAUGAGUGGCCUGGCUAUAUGGUGCAAGAAGGUUCCCUGUGCUUUCCAGAAACCUACUCCGAAACCACGAAGCAUCACAUCAGGCGUCCGAGGACUUUCUUUAGAUAACGGCAUUCCAGCCCAGACUAACACAUCCCAGAUCCCGGCUCCUGUAGCUGAUACUAAACCUCAUGUAAGAUCCCCUCAGUCUGAACACCCGCUCUACGAGGCCAAUGUCUAUGGCGUAUCCGCAAUCGAUGGGAUCCCAUUCACCAUCCAUCCCAUGUUUGAAAGCAAGAUUUCUGAGCCUUCUAUAAACUUUUCUAACUUCAAGAAUCUUCAAAUCAAAACUUUGGCUGACAUUGAGAAUGAGUACGACUAUGGAUUUGUGGUGGAGCGCUCCGCAUCUGCCAGAUGACAACGACCCUGCAGCUCAGCAACAGACUUGUAUACACUGACCGAAUGAUGGAGACCGAAAAUGUUACCGACACAUGCACUAAGGGGCAUUUAUCAAACCAGAUGCGUCAGUUUUGUGGCUUUAAAAAGUCACGGCGAUUGCUGCGUUUUUUUGGGACCGUUGGUCACUUUUUGUGAGAUUUGGUGUUCCUUGCCACUUUUCAAAGUGGUCUGUGAAAAGUGAGAUUAGUCCUGGAUUGUGGCUCAUUUUGCAAAAGUCGCAACCUACGCCAGGCAACCCCCUGGUCUACUUCUACACAUAUACAGUGCCUUGCAAAUGUAUUCACCCCCUUGACUUUUUCCGUAUUUUGUUACAUUACAGCCUUAAGUUCAAUGUUUUGUUAAUCUGAAUUUUAUGUGCUGGAUCAGAACACAAUAGUCUA